GGAUAAACUGUACAAAAGAAGAUCUUCCUGAUCUUGUCAAUGAUAGACCUGAUGUAACAACAUACGCGUGGGAUAAGCAAACAACUUAUUACCAGUAUACAGUGAGAUAUAAAUGCAAAGAACUUGGGAAAGCCUUUCAGAGAGAAGAUGGAUCUUUCUACACUUACUAUUCAGUAACUUGUCAAGCAGAUAAAACAUGGUCAUCCACAUCCAUCCCUCAUCCAUGUGUUUGGGAUAGCUGUGUUGCUCCACCGACACCACCAACAGAAAGCUCUUUAGCUCUUUCAUGGAAUCCUAAAUACCCACCCAAGCAGAACAUGUCAAUUAAAUACAUUUGUGCUGCAGGAGGAAUCAACAAAUUUGUAACAAAUCUAACAUUGAACACUUAUUAUCUCACCUGUCUCCCCAACAACACUUUUAACACUCCAUCCUGGCCAACUUGUGAAGACUAUACUUAUUGUAAUCCCUUUGCUUUGGAAACUGACUUAAUUGUCACAACAUCUACAACAAAUGUUACAUACAAUGCAACCACCAACUGGGUUUGUCGAGAUAAGAGAUAUCUUGCCAAAGUAAGAGGAUCAAAUAAUAAUCUCACAAACACUAUUCCUGCAAAAUGUGAUUGGUACACUAACUUUAAUGUGACACCUGCUGACAUUGAAUGUGAACUAGCAUUUUGCGUGAAUGGUUCUGACUUUAAUUCAUCAAUGAACUAUAAAUAUGUAAAAAUAAAUGGUGGCGAUAAUAACUAUAACGUUACAGCCCAGCAAAGGAUUGGAUUAGGACAAUACUUAAGAUACAUAUGUAAAGACGGAUUCUAUCUUCAAAAUAAUACUGACUUAAAAACAGAAGCAGAAAGAUCUGUUAAAGUUUACUGUGAAGAUGGAUUGUUUCAUUACCCUGAUCCUUGGCCUGAAUGUGUAGACAAUAUACAAUGCGAAGAUCCUGGAACUUCUGAUGAACUUAUCAGAACAGAUAAAACACUAUCUAACUUUGAUUAUGAAUCUAAGUAUGAAUACAAGUGCAAGGACUUGAGACGAUUUGUCAAAAUUAAAAACUCAAAUGAUUUACCUGUUCCUCAUAUUGUAUCAACAUGCAAAUGGAGAAAAUUGUUUAAUGUUUACGCAACACAACUUGAAUGCAUAAUUCAUCAUUGUGGACAUCCAAAUGUUGGGGAUGGAUCGCAUCCACAUCCUCCAACAGAUAACUAUAUCAAUCUUAUCAAUACAAAUAUUGAAACAAAUUUUACUUCUAGUUAUGUCUCUUUUGGUACAGAUGUUAUGUACAAAUGUGCAUCUUCUUACUUUAUAGAAAAUUCAGAAAUAGAUCCAACAAAGACAAACAUUACUGUAAAAUGUCUCACCUCUGGAACAUAUGAUAUACCAACUGUCUGGCCAAACUGUACAAAAACUGUAAGUUGUGGCACACCUCCAGCAAAACCAGAUAAUGGUAGAAUUAGUUGGUUGGUAGGAACAGAAAAUCAGGAUACCUAUAACACACGCCUUGAGUAUCACUGCAAAGAUGGUUCACAGUUUGAUACUGAUUCAAUUGAAGGAGGAGAUUCCAUAACUGUAAACAUUCGUUGUCAAUGGAACAAAGUUUGGUUUCCUUAUACAACCUUACCACCAUGCAAAAUAACUCAUUGUGUUGAUCCUUUUCCUAUUCCUCAAGAUUCAAACUUACAGGAAGUUACAAGAAAUUGGACUGCUAUUGAUCAAUUUAAAAUGUAUGACUGUAAGAAGAAAACAGCUUCUGGUGAUGCCACUAUGUUCUGGGAAUCGGACAGAUCAAAGUCUACAUUCUCUAUGAAGUGUAAACCUGAUGGAACAUUUGACUUUGUAAAUGAACGGGAAAAUUGGCCAACUUGCUUAGCUGAUAUUCAAUGCACUGACUUACCUCCUGCUAUUCCAACCAGUGAAGAAUAUGUUCUUCAGAAGGAUGAUGGAACAGUUACUGCUCAGUAUUAUGUUUAUCCAUUACCAGUCACAUUUAAUACCAAAACCUAUACUUCAGAAGUUAAUAACUCACUUAUUCCACGGAACUACAAUGCAAAGCUUGUGUAUAAGUGUGGUUCUGCAAGAAAGUUCAAAAAGGAAUCUGGUAAAUUUAAUGAAUUAACAACAAUGACUUGUCAAUGGGACAAAACUUGGACUCCUUCCAAUGCAUUGCUGGAUUGUGAUUGGGUUCAAUGUCUAAGACCCCCAAUUCCUCCAAAAUCUGCUAAUCUUGAAAUAACUGACUGGUUUGGAGAACCAUUGGCUUUUGGAGAAAAAGCUAGAUAUGUUUGUAAGAGAGGAAUGUAUUUUGAAGAUGAUUCUGCUCAAGAAGAUGUAAAAUACACUUGUCAGGAUGGAACCAAACCUAAAACUAGAAGAGGCUUCUUUGAUGUCCCAGAAGCAGAUGAUGAAUGGCCUAGAUGUGUUCAAGCCCCUCUCUGUCCAUCUCCACCAACAAUCCCAGAUGAAGGGGUUCAAGAUUAUCUUCCAGACAUAUUCCGUCUGCAACCUGUUCAGGGAUGUGAUGUGGAUAGUACACCUAUACAUAUAAAAUGUCAUACUUUUCUGAGUGUAUAUAUUCAAAGUGCUUACUUUGGUCGGUAUUUUUCACAAAGUCGAAAACUCUGCAAUGGAACAAAAGGUGACGAUGUAAGAGCACCCAAAAAAGCAGACUGUAUAAACACCACAAUUAUUGAAAAAUUUAGAAAUAGCUGUCAUGGAAAGUUUAACUGCUCCAUUCGAACUGAGAAUGAUGAAUAUCCUUUAAGCGCCCCUUUAGAUGAACCAAAUAAUUGUAUUGCAAUGAAGCGAGAAGUUGGAUUCUCUUAUAUCUGUGUUGCAUGUUUUCCAUGGAAAGAACUAUUAAACAAGGAAACCUGCCUCAAAGAUCUUCUUGUGAAGAACUAUUGGGCAUCAUCUGAAGAAAUAGUCAAUUCUACAAAGGAUGAGCAUAAAGGCAUGAUAUUACUCAAGCUAUCCCAGAAAUUGAAUAAAACAAUUCACACACUUGUGGAUCUGAGCGUACGGGAUGUUUCAUCCCCUACUGGAAGCCUGUGUGGACUUGGUGCCCUUUACACCGCUCUUCAGGAUACAACACUAUCUCAGUCUGAGCUUACUGCACAAGAUUACACUUCUAUGAGAAGUAAAAUCUUUUUUGAAAUGUCCUUGGCUGAAGAUGUAUUUAUGACUGAUGAUUCUAUAUUGGAUAAAUAUUAUCUUUUCAUAUGUAAUGGUGUUGGAAGACAAAAGCGGGAAAUAGAAAGUUCAAGGUCUUUUUUGAGGAAUAAAAGACAAGUUGAGACAGAAGAUCAAAUGUUAAAAAGAUCUUUUGGAUCUAACUUAAGAUAUGAGUGUGGUCUAGCUAGAAAAUUUCAGGAUGAAAAAACUAAAAAACUAUACAUUGAUCGAACAAUUUCUUGUAACUGGAAUAGAUCUUGGACUCCUGUGGAUACCUUGGACAAAUGUGUUUGGACACAUUGCCUGUAUCCUCCACAGCCACCACCAGAAAGUAUGCUUCAUUCUAAUUGGGAUGGAAAACCAGUUGCAUUUGGUAAUUUUACGAGAUACUCUUGUAUUGAUGAUAAACAUUUCUUUGAAAUGGAUAAAUCCUUAACUACGUGGAACAUUUCAUGUUUGUCCACUGGCAAGUUUGACACUCCAAAAGUGUGGCCUAUCUGCGUAAAAAGUGUAAACUGUUCUGAUCCUCCACCAAAGCCUGCGGCAGGUACCUGGGAAUGGAAUGGUGGAUAUGAAUACAAAAAUAAGAUCAAGUAUACCUGUGGACCCUAUGGAAAAUUUUGCAAUGAUAAGACCAACUGCUUUACUGAACUGUAUGCAGAAUGUGCCUGGAACCAAACCUGGGUCCCAGCUGUAUUCCCAGACUGUGUAGCUACUGCUUGUCAAGAUAUACCCUUUCCUCCCAGAAGCAUUGGCUUUGAAUAUAGACCAGACGCCAAAAAUAACAUGACCCUAAUAUCAGAUUUGACAAUCUACAACCCGGCAAUACCGAUGAAUUUAAAGUUUCCUGGACCUAGUCAAUGUCAAGGGAAAAAGAAGCUUCUUAUUAUUGGGAAAAUUUCCUCCGGGAUGAAAAAAAAACCUGAAAUAAUCCUUCAUGGGUCAACUCCAGGGGAUGAAGGACUCCAUCAGGUAAUAGAUCCUGCACAGGAGUACAUUAAACGCUACGGUGUACUCCAGGGAACUGAAGAUAUUGUUAAUGGAAAACCGUUUGAAGGAACAACAAUCGAUUUUGAUGAACCAUUUAUAAUAACGUUGAUCUGUGAUGGUGAUGGCUGGGCUGUUCAGUGUAACGAGGAACCUGCUUAUUCACAUUAUCUUCAUAUCAUUCCUAUAGAAAAUAUUACACACCUCCAAAUAAAAGGAGAUGUUUCUUUAAGUUUUGUUGGAUUUGGUGAAAACCUGUCCCCAGCUCCACCUGUAGGGUUUAACCUAACCUUCAGGUGUCCGGAGGGAAUGGUCUUUGAUCAUGAUUGGUUUGCAAUACCAUUCGUUAUGACAACUUGUCAGGAAAAUGGAGCGUUUGAUCCGCCAGAGUGGGAGAAUUAUCAAUGUGUUUUACCGACAACUACUGAAUGUUAUGACUGUACUACGACAAAUAUAAUUGUCCUAAUGAAUGUCUGAAAUGACAGAUAAGUAUACAUACAUGGGUUCUUUAAUGUUAUUUUAUGUUUAUGUUUUGUGAUAAUUAAACGAGACAAAUUAACCCCAUGGUCUCGAUUUAUCA